UUGGCGUUGUUAUACAAAGGCUUCAAUUGUGUCGUUGGAGGUUCCCCAAAAGCGUUUAAUGCGUUUACUGUUGAGUGAACCAUAAUUGAAAGAGAACUGUGCAUUUCUGGUGCUGUUUUGGAAGUGAAUUGAAGACAAUUGAAGUGAAGCUUACAAUUUUAUAAAAGCACUUACAUUAAUUCUCUUAAAACUUGUGUAUUAUUUAAGCUAUAUACAUUGUUUUUCUGUCAUUUUAGGGUUUACAGCAUUCCAUUUUAUAUACUGUAACUUAUGUCUUGUGGCUAUACUUUUGAAGUAAGUAUUUUAUUUUUACGGCUUGGCUCCAUCCACUUUCAUUAUAAGUACCCCACUGUAACCCAGAGGCUCUAUGAUAAGACACCUCUAUGAUAAAUAUAAAUACAAAGAUCAAAAAUAGCAAGCAUGAAUAAAAAUACAUUCAGUAUCUGAGUCCAUCUCAGAUGAUUGAGACUAUAUAUCAAGGCUCUACAUCAAGGAAAACAUAUAGAAAGACACUGAUAAACCUUAACAUAUCAGUCUUUUCAACACCAUCAGCCUUGAAUGAUCAACCAUUACACUUUUACUACAAUAACUUAACCAUUUUUAUAUGACAUUCUGAUAUAUUCACAGAUUGUGCAGUUAAACAUUAAUUUACAGUGCUUUAUAGUGUAACCGCUUACACACUUGCUCUUCUCCUGGACCAUCAUGGCUGAUUUUGGGGAGAUUCUAGAGGCUAUUGGAGACUUUGGGAUAUUCCAAAAGCUUGUACUGUUUGCUCUGUGCUUUCCGAACCUCAUACUGCCUUUUCAUUUUGCCAGCCUUGUUUUCAACCAUGCAGACACAAACCAUCAUUGCAACACUGAUUGGAUUCUUCAUAUAGAUCCUAAUCUGACGAAGGAAGAGCAGCUUAACCUGACUGUGCCGAGGCUCCCGGAUGGAUCUAUCAGUGGAUGUGAGAUGUACAUGCCUGUGAAUUGGAAUCUCACUGCUAUAAGGGAAUAUGGCUUGAAUGAAACCACCACUUGCACUGAUGGGUGGGUGCACAAUGAUACCAUUUAUGAGGCAACAAUUGUCACAGACUUUGAUCUCGUUUGUGACAAAGCAAACUUAUUUCGGGGAGCACAAACAGUAAUGUUGGCUGGAAUAUUAGUUGGAGCUCUACUCUUUGGCCCCUUUUCAGAAUCGUUUGGACGUAAACGAACAACACAGAUACCUAUGGUGCUCAUGCUAAUUUUUACAGUGGUGACUGGUCUUUCUCCAAACAUUGAGGUGUACAUCACAUCCCAGUUCUUUGUUGGUCUGUCUUAUGGAGGAUUUCGGGUCAACUGCAUCAUCCUUGCCACUGAGUGGAUUGGAGUUACCCAGAGAUCAUAUGCAGCAUGUCUGAGUCAGGAACUAGGAGCUUUGGGGCAGGUCAUUUUUCUGGCCGUUGUGUAUUUCGUUAGGGACUGGAGAAAAGCCCAGUUUAUAAUGGCUGGCCCAAUUGGAUUUGUGCUACUCUAUAUAUGGUUUAUUCCAGAAUCUGCUAGGUGGCUUCUUGACCGUGGAAGAACUACAGAGGCAAAAGAACUAAUUCAGAAGGCAGCUAAAAUCAACAAACGUUCAAUUCCUGAUUCAUUAGUGGAAAAGGUCUUAAAAGAAAAGACUGUUGAAAGAGGGGGAAUAAAACUCCUGUUUACUUCCCACGUUCUCAGGAAAUAUUUCUUAAUCAUUACCUUCGGAUGGUGUGCACUAAACCUAGCAUACUACAGCCUCUCUCUAAAUGUGGGGAGGUUUGGCCUUGAUAUUUUUCUCAAUCAACUCAUAUUCGGACUUGCUGAGUUGCCUGUCCACUUCCUCUGCAUGUGGUUGUUGGAAACAGUUGGAAGAAAGGCAUCACUGAUGGGUUCUCUUCUAUUGGGAGGAUUUUUCUGUCUCCUGAUUCUUGCAGUACCACAAGGUAAUAACAUUGCCCUCAUUGCUCUUGCCACAACUGGAAGAUUUCUCAUGAACGCAGCAGGCAGUAUUUGCAAUGUUUAUGUUCAAGAACUGUUUCCCACCUCUAUCCGCCAGACAGCCACAGGACUGGGUAUCACAGCUUCUCGAGUUGCAAGUAUGUUGGCACCUGUGCUGAACGUGCUUGAGAUCUACCACUAUUCUAUACCCACUGUGGUAUUCAGCAGUCUAGCACUAGCAAGUGGGGCAUUGGCCUUCUUGCUGCCUGAGACCAGACGCACUGAGCUGCCUGAUUCCAUAGAGGAGGCAGAAGGCACAAGAAAACCAAAGAAUACAAAUCACACAACUGGGGAUUGUGAAGACAUCCAAGCAACCAAAUUAUAACCCCUAAACUUCUUGACAGUGGUGUUUCUUUUUUUUAUUAUUACUAUUUCUAUUAAGGGUUUACAGUGUUAUUAUUAUAAGCAUUUGCAUUAUAGUAAGUGUUACUGUUUAUCUUCAAUAGUAUGAAAAGAUUGGUUGGUUCUGUGUUCUCUUAUUUACUAUGCAGAAAUGUAUAAACUUAAAAACAUAAAAUAAUAUGCAAUAAACCUCAUUGUGAAUUCCAGUUUUAUUGACCCAAUUAAUCUUUGAUACUUUGAUAUAAGGAAAUGAAUGCUUCAGUAAAUUAAUAAAUCAAUAAAUGAACAUGGUCAUAAUGGCAUUACUUAUUUAUCAACCAAUAAAUCUCUGAAGACUAUAUGAAGACUAUAGAUUAUUUAGUGACUUUGUUAGAUAAAUCAAUAUAUUUUUCCCAUAUGCAAUGCAACAAUUGAUCAUAAAACAAUCAGAAAGUUGUCUCGUUUAACUGAGCAACUUUUUUAGAAUCACAAUGUUGUAAUACUUAAAUCAUUUUCCAGACCAUAUUGCCGCAAAAACAUUUUUGUUUAAAUGGGCAGGGUCUGUGUUUGUACAUUAUUCAGAUCUGAUUUUUUUUUUUUUUAAGUAAAACAAUAUUA